AACACACUUGUCACGUGACCAAAGACGGAAGCAAUCUAGAACAAGAAGUUAUACAAGAAGAUGGCAUCGUCGGGAGGAGGCGAUUCUGGUAAUGGCAAUGAUCAAAUACUAGAUGUUGGAGCCGCUUUACUGAAAGAUUUCAUUUAUGAACGAGUUCACCGACAUGGUGACAGCAACAACAUGGUGACGCGAUCUCAGUUAGGUGGAAGUGAGCUUUGUGACCCCAACCAUAAGAAGCUGGCCCAGUGCCUUCAGCAGAUUGGAGAUGAGCUGGAUGGAAACGUACAGCUCCAAAGCAUGAUAAACAAUUCUUCACUCAUGCCUACCAAGGAUGUGUUUAUGAAAGUGGCCUAUGAGAUUUUUUCUGAUGGCAAAUUCAACUGGGGAAGAGUAGUAGCCCUCUUUUACUUUGCCUGUCGGUUGGUUAUCAAGGCUCUGGUGAUUCAUGUUCCUGACAUUAUUAGAACCAUUAUUGGUUGGACCAUAGAUUACCUACGUGAUCAUGUGAUCAACUGGAUUAGAGAGCAGGGUGGCUGGGAGGGAAUCCGGUCUUACUUUGGCACUCCUACCUGGCAGACAGUGGGGGUGUUUUUAGCUGGCGUUCUCACCACUGUUCUGGUCAUACGGAAGAUGUAAACGGAAGGGGAGGUGAAAGAAGAUAACAGGAAAAUAAAUUGGGAUUGGAGGGAGAAAAGCUAUGUUGGUAAAUGACGAGGGCUUCAGGAACUGAAGUUAAUGUUAAAAACAUGAGAGAGAAUAAGAGUGAGUUUAAAGCACUCAGUGUUUGGACCUGAUAAACAACCAAUUGUUUCCACCCGCCGUAUAUGGAUAAGGAUUGGGCGUGUGAGUCAUGUCUCUGUCCUCUACACAACUGAAAGUGUGAGUGUCAUGUGACUGCCUUGAAGGGAGAUAAGGAUGGAGAGACUCUGCCAGGGCACAUUUUUAUUUUAUUUAUUUUUCCCUACAAACAGUCACUGCAUUAAUUUAUGAAUUCCUGUAUGGGUGAAUCUCAAAACGAAAUGAACAGACUAUAUAAAUAUUGUUCUCAUGAGCUUUAAGUUGAAACUCAACUUAUUUCUUGCAGCGUUUUCAUCCUUGCACUUUUUUCCUUCUUUGAGUCUCCCUUUCCCAAUCUGAUUCUCUCCAGCUUAUCACGGUGUUACUAUGCUUAAGUAUGCUUUUUUAAAUGUGUCUGUGGGUGUUCUUUUGCAAGUGUGAUGUUAUGAUCAGCUUACUCUGAAGCAGUGCGUUUGUGUGCGUAUGUUUGAGUCCUUCCUGUAUGACAGACACAAACAGCACUGUGCUUCACUCACAGAUGUUUACCUCUCACAGCAUAGUCUUCAAAGUACUGUAUUUUUAAGUGGGCAAUUUAAACUCAAUACCACAAUCAUACUUUCAUUUAUAUACCCUUUUUGAUACAUGUAUCCUAUUGGUUUUGUUUAAUUUGUCAGUGCCUUGGUCUUUAUUUAAUAAAUCACUUUGAUAUGGAUCUCAAUUUUUUUACUUUUUCUAUCUCGUGAAGCUGAUCAGUUUGUUUAGAUAUCCCCCCCCCCCCCCCUCAAAAACAAAUGUUAAGCAGUGACAUUGUUUUGUACGAUGCAAUUCAAAAUAAAGUUUUUUAAGGAUUUUA